AUGGCGAUGCCCAUGAGAUGCAACAGACCAUCUCACCUGUACUUGAAAGUUUUCACCCGCCAUCAGCAAUGCACAUGCGACCUACCGAAGUAUCGAGAAAUAAAGCUGGGAAACAACAUUUUGUCGUUUACAAUCAUGCUGUACUCACAGUGGCAACGAAUCCACAUAGUAAGGCUUUUCUCUGAAGUGCUUCUUGAGAAUUCUGGGGAUGUGAUUUCGAAGCAUAAUUCCAUCAUUAAUAGCAAUCAUUCCAACCUAGAACAGAAGUUCAUUCAAGAUGAAUGUCUAAGUAAUGAGAAUAUCAAAGAGUGUUACAACCGUUUGGAUUUGGCACAAACCUUAGGGACUCUGAACCAGCAUGGCUGA